AUGGUUGAAGAGUUUGAGGAAGGAAAGGAUGAUGGUCAAAGCUGUCCUGAAGAUUCUCCUGCUCUGCCAUCAAGGCUUGCAAGAAAAUCCGUCCAUCGUCCAUAUGAUGAAACAUCAUCCUCCGUCCAUGUCAUGCCCAUAUUAUCGGAACAUUUAAAAACAUCCUCGCCAAGUGUGAAUGAAUAUUUAGAAAAUAUCAAAAGCUGCAUUCAAAUUGGAGAGAAAUGUAAAUCAUUGUUAGGUCCAAACGCUUUGGAAAAGCUCUUUGUUGAUCCUCAAACUGGAGAAGUAUUAAUCACGAAUGAUGGAGCAACAGCAAUUCAAUAUAUGGUAAGGUUUUUGGAAUUUGGAAUUUUGAAAAAACAAGUGCUCUUCAAGAAAAUAGAAAAUCCUAUUGCACAAUUAUUUGUGGAUUUGAGCAAAUCAGUGGACAAGCAAGUGGGUGAUGGAACGACCUCUGUGAUUGUUUUGGCAGCAUCCAUGUUAGAAGAGGCUCUGAAAUUAAUUCGAUCAGGUAUUCAUCCAAUGAGAAUUGUGAAAAAUUAUUCCAUGUUUAAUGACAUUAUUGAACAACAUUUGACACGUUUUCAAUCGUUUAAGGUAAACCCUUUCGAAAAUAAUUCAAAGAAAUUAAUUUUACAACUUGUACAAACUACACUCAAUUCAAAAUUUUCAAGCAUCUCAUUUCCAAAAUUAGCGGAAAUUGCUGUAGAUGCCAUGACCAUGGCCAGUGGGGAUAAAAAUUCAAUUCAUGUUUUGAAGCUUGGUAAAUCUAUCAAUAGUAUUACCUUUAGAGGUGCUUCAUCAGAUGAUACACAAUUAUUGACCAAUCAAGUAUUACUCAACACUAAUUUUAUUCAUGAAAAUGAGCAAGAAGGGAUGAAUUUGCUAUCUCCAAAAUUGGCAUUACUUUUAUUUGAAUUGGAUAAGCCCAAACAAAAAAACUCAAGGUUAGAUGAGCACAAACAAAUUGACAGUUCUCAAAUUGAUCGAAUUCUCAAAGAAGAAGAAAGUUAUAUCAAAAAAUUAGUAGUGCAGUUGAAAAAACUUGGAGCUACCUUGAUUUGCGUUCAAGAAAAUUUGGCUGCUGGAUAUCAAGCUGGUAUUUCAGAUGCUGCAAAGUAUUGGCUACAAAAAUCCAAAAUAACAAGCCUCAAACCCAUAGCUAAGAAUGAUAUUUCGCUAUUAAGCAAAGCAUUUCAUGUAUCUCCCAUUUCUUCGACGGAAAAGCUACAAGAAAUUAUCGAGAGUGUAGAUAAGAAUGAAAAAUCAAAAUAUCUCACAGAAAUUGCUUAUGCCAAGCAUGUACAUAUUGGAAGACAAGUUUAUAUUUCAUUUGGACAAACACAAAAUCAAUCUCUCCUUUCUCCUAUAUCCUUUGUGAUAUUGAAUGCAUCCACUCAGAGCUCUGUCGACGAAUUGGAACGUGCUUUCAACGAUUCUAUUUGUAUUGUGGAAAACUUUUUCAAAUAUCCAAUUCUUGUUCCAGGAGGAGGGGCUUGUGAAAUGUCCCUUUCUGCCUACGCUCAAUUCCUAAUGUCGCAACCCAGUCAAAAAUACUCUCCACUUCAACAAGUUAUCAUGCAAAGUUUCUGUAAUGCAUUAGAAUCCAUUCCUCAUGUACUUUGUCAAGGAUUUUCUUCAGAAGUAUUCACUCCUUCAUCCAUACUUAAUGAAUUGCGACAAAUUUAUGUCGAGUGUUUUGAAAGGAACCAAUCAAGUCCUUUUAGUGGAAUUUAUUUGUCGAAUAGAACGAUUGAUCCACUUUACAGUUCAUCAUCACCAAUAGCAAACAUGAAAGAGAGAGGAAUAUUUGAACUCUUACACGGGAAGAUUUCUCAAAUGAAAAUGGCUUUACAAACUGUUCAGAGAAUUCUCAAAAUUCGACAAUGCUUUAUUCUAAUGCAUCCCAACACGAUUGAAUCAUCACAACAUGAACCACAACACCAUUAA